AGAAGGGUAGAAUGGUGUUUUCUGCACGGGGGCUCUCCCCCACUCCUGUCCAAUGACUCGUCUUAAAUUAGCCAUGGGGGCCGGAGGCUCCCUCCCAGUGCUGACAGAAGGAGGAGCCAGAGCCUGUCACUGUCUACUGUUUCAUUAUUACCUGCAAAGCCCUGUAGCAUUUACCACACUGUGUGUCUGUGUGGCCACGGCAGCACAGAGAGGAGCAGAGAGGAGCAGCCAGAGCUGAGGGCCAGAUCAUCACAGACUUUUUACAUUUUUGUUCUGUUUAACCAAAUACGGACUCUGUCAUUGCCUGAACCAUUGUGCAGGACAACUAGCGGUGGACAUGGCUGGUUGUCUGCAGAGUUACAGACUUUGUAAAAAGCAGACACUUCUGCUUCUUACAUUUAUAUUGUAUUUGGGUGCAGUGGGUGCAGAGCCAUUUGAGCGCGCUCACUUGUAUCAGCACAGAACUGGACCUAAUGAAGACACUAUCAUUGUAGCCAAUAAUGGGAUCAGGGUGCCAUUAGGACGCUCUGUGUUUUUGGACCCUGUCAAUGACCUGGUGACAGAAGUGGAGCCUGGAGACCGCUGCCACAUCACAGUUUUGGACAAUGACCCUUUAUCCCAAAAGCCUGGGAUGCUUUCCCCUAAAAAGUUCCCUUGUUCUUUUGGACCAGAGGAAGUCAAAUACACUCACUUUGGAUCGCGGAGCCCCAGCAAAGACCGGGUCAAACUCCAGCUCCGGUACGACUCUCAGACAGACACUGUGAUUAUUCCCUUCAUGCUGGAGGUAGAAGUCGUCUUUCAGCAGCUUGAGAUCUUGACCAGGAAUAUGCCCAUAAAUGUAGAAAAGCUCAAUGGUGAGAGUAGCCCAAUUGACAAAAAAGGCCUGGAGUUCUCCUAUGAAGAUGACGUGACUCAGUGUAAGAUUACCACACUGGUCGGCGCUGGAGGUCUCCCCAGGUAUGGCACUCUUUUGAAUAAUCCUGCCAAUGGCCAAAUGAUUGACUGUGAUGAGUUUGUGAAAAUGGGCGUUGUGUACAAGCACAUAGCUACAACCAAGUCACCAAACAGAGACUAUGUUCCAAUGAUGAUAGAGUUGCAGGAUAAGGAUGGCAGCACUAUUAUGCAAGAACAUUUCCAGAUGAUGGUUAGAAUCAGAGAAGGUGAAGAGAAUACCGCUCCAAAGCCCAGUUUUGUGUCUAUGAUGAUGGUGGAGGUUGAUCAGUUUGUAAUGACAGCGAUCACCAGUGACAUGUUAGCAGCAGAAGAUGUGGAGUCAAAUGCAGAUGACUUAAUUUUCAAUAUAACUUCACCUUUGAAUCCACAGCAGGGCUACAUUAUCAGCACUGACGACCAAAACUUACCGAUAACCUCGUUUUAUCAGAGAGACAUUAAAGAUCUCAAAAUAGCCUACAAGCCACCUUCAGAGGACUCAGAUGUAGAGAGGAUAUUCCAGCUAGAGUUUGAAAUUGUAGACACGGACGGCGCAGUUUCUGAUCCUUUUGCUUUUAUGAUUGUGGUGAAGCCUAUGAAUACUUUGGCGCCCGUAGCUACCAGAAAUACCGGUCAGCUUUUGUUUGAAGGCCAGUCCCGUCCACUGUCCAGCUCCCAGAAUUUAGAGAUUAGUGAUGAGGACAAUUUAGAAGAUGUAAGAAUAACUGUCGUUGACGGUUUAAAGCACGGAGAACUCACAGUUCUCGGGAGUCGAAGGAAGUUUUUCACGCCGGCUGACUUGGAUGCAGGCAUUGUGGUGUACCAGCACGACGGCAGCGACACUUACAGCGAUAAUAUUAUUUUUAGAAUGACUGACGGCAGUAAUGAAGUUGAAUUUUUGUUCCCUAUUACAAUCGCGCCGACCGACGACGAGCCCCCGAUUAUCAACGCGAACACUGGUCUCGUUUUGUUCAAAAAUGAAGUCAUGCAAAUCUCCCCUUUUAUUCUGAGCGCCACAGAUAUCGAUUCUGAAGAUUCCACAAUUAAGUUUAUCCUAGAAGCACCGUAUUCAACAGUAGGAGAGCUGCUGCUAAGACAAAUAGAAGCGCCUUCGAACCCGUCGCUUUGGAAAUUCAGCGAGACGGACGAGAUGUUUGAGCAAGUAGUUACGGAGUGGUUCCAGCAGGACAUUCUCGACGGAAAGCUGUUUUACCGUCACAUCGGCCCUCACAGCACCACCACCGUUAUCGACCACAUUUUAUUCCGAGUGCAAGACGAUAACGAUCCUCCUAACCAAUCUGGAGAAAACGCGUUUACAGUUAAAAUCCACCCCGUCGACGAUAUAGCUCCCGAACUUUGCACAGGCACCACUCUGCACAUGACAGUCCAGGAGUAUGAGCUGACCGUGUUCAAAAAGAAGUUCUUGUGUUAUACUGAUUUAGAUUCUGAUGACAGGGAUCUUAAAUACACCGUUGUUAAACCACCAACAGAUACCGAUGAGAAUAAUCCAGCUCCCUUGGGUGAAAUUGUCCUAACUGACAACAAUGAUGUUAUAAUUACAGAGUUCACACAGGCUCAGAUUAAUCACCACAAAAUUGCCUACAAGCCACCUGACCAGGAGCUUGGAAUCACCCCAAAAGUUGCCCAGUUCACUUUUAUUGUUGAAGAUACAGCUGGAAACACGGCAGAUGGACUUUUCACUAUUUUCCUUCAGCCUGUAGAUAACAAACCACCGCUUAUAAUCAACACAGGUUUCACACUUAUGGAAAGAAGUCCGUAUGUGAUAACGAAAAAAGAGCUGCACGCCACUGACACCGACACAGAUGACGAUAACAUUGUUUUUACCAUUGUACAAGUUCCUCAGUUUGGAAAGUUUCAGUUUUUCGGAAUCGAUAUGACCAAUGGGGAGACGUUCGUGCUUGAAGAUAUCGCAAACGGCCGUCUCGCUUACGUCCACGGUGGAGAAGAAUCUGUCAGCGAUAGCAUUAAGUUAGAGGUCAGCGAUGGGUUCCAUGAGGUGCCGAUCACAGUUAAGAUCACGAUCGAACCCGUAGAUGACGAGACGCCUACGAUUAUGCUUCCAAACGGUGUCCUUGGGGCUUCUAUCGACGUGCUGGAGAAUGGGGCGACUGAGAUUACAAGCAACGUGAUCCAAGGUCGCGAUGAGGACACGGACGACCUCAUGCUCACUUUCAUUGUAGAAGAACCUCCUCGACUUGGGGAGAUCCUUGUGAACGGUGCUCCCGCUGAACGCUUCACGCAGGCGGAUAUCAUCAAUGGCGUCGUGGUGUACGCUCACACUUCUGGAGAAAUCGGACCAAUCAAAGAAUAUGACUCUUUCAAUCUUACUUUGUCAGAUAUGUCCGAUCAGUGGGUGGUUGGAGGUAACAAAGUUCAAGGGGUAACGGUCCAUGUCACCAUUCUUCCGGUGGACAGCAUCUCUCCUGUUGUGAGCGUAGGAGAGCAGUUCGUUGUAGUGGAAGGAGAAAAGAACGUCAUAACACCUGCCCAUAUCCAAGCUGAAGAUAUUGACACGGACAAUGAGGACAUCCUCUGCACUAUUUUAGUUCAGCCGUCUUCUGGUUAUGUGGAGAACAUCUCGCCAGCUGCGGGCUCAGAGAAGUCCAGAGUAGGCACUGCCAUCACAGCGUUUAGCAUGAAAGACAUCGCGCUUGGUCAUAUCUACUAUGUCCAAAGCAUCCACAAGGGGGUGGAGCCUACAGAAGACCGCUUCACCUUCCGCUGCUCGGACGGUAUUAACUUCUCAGAGCGUCACUUUUUCCCCAUUGUCAUAAUUCCAGCGAAUGAUGAGAAACCUGAGCUUUUUGUGCGUGAGUUUUUAGUGAUGGAAGGCAUGAGUUUAGUUAUCGACACGCCCAUUCUAAACGCCGUUGACGCUGACAUACCUGGAGACGAACUGAGCUUUGAGAUCAUCAAGAACCCCAAGCAUGGAGCCAUAGUCCAACAACUCAGCUCUGGCACCAUCCCCGUCGUGACGUUCGACCUUGAGCAAAUCAAAGAGGCAUCCAACAUUGUCUAUGAACAUGACGAUUCUGAAACCAAAGAGGAUAGUUUUGUUAUCAAGCUUUCGGACGGAACACACACGGUAGAAAAGACCGUUCUCAUUAUGGUCAUCCCUGUCGACGACGAGACUCCAAGGAUGGCUAUCAACGAUGGGCUUGAUGUUGAAAUUGGAGAAACGAAAAUGAUCACUAACAGAGUCUUGAAAGCGACAGACCUUGACUCAGAAGAUAAACAUCUGACUUAUAUUGUGCGUUAUGGUCCAGGACAAGGGUAUCUUCAGCGUAUCACCAAGCUUGGAGACGUUUUAGGCAAUAUUACAGUGGGCAUGAACUUCACGCAGGAUGAAGUUGACAACCAGCUCAUCCAGUACGUCCACACUGGUCAGGAAGGUAUUCGCGACCUGCUUAAGUUCGAUGUCACCGACGGCAUAAACCCGCUUAUCGAUCGCUACUUUUACAUCAACAUUGGCAGCAUCGAUAUGGUCUUCCCAGAUGUUAUCAACAAAGGCGUGACUCUCAAAGAAGGCGGUAAAGUGACGCUAACUACAGACCUUCUCAGCACCACGGACAUCAACAGCCCCGACGAAUACCUCACGUUUAGCAUCACAAGAGCACCCAGUAGAGGCCAUCUUGAGUGCACCGACCACCCGGGUGUUCCCAUAUCGACUUUUACUCAGCUGCAGCUUGCCGGGAACAAAAUUUAUUACAUCCACACUUCUGACGACGAGAUGAAAAUGGACAGCUUUGAGUUUGAGGUCACAGACGGGUUCAAUCCGGUCUUCCGUACGUUCAGAGUGUCAAUUACAGAUGUGGAUAACAAAAAGCCAGUUCUCACCAUUAAUAAACUGUUCGUAGAAGAGGGUCAAACUAAGCUCAUCACUCCAUUUGAGCUGACAGCUGAAGAUCGCGAUACUCCAGAUAAGUUUUUGCGGUUUAUCGUGACACAGGUCCCGGUACAUGGACAGCUCCUUUUCAACAAUUCUCGCUCAAUCAUUUCCUUCACCAAACAGGACCUUAAUGAAAACUUAAUUAGCUACAAGCACGACGGCACGGAGACCAACGAGGACAGCUUCUCCUUCACUGUCACAGAUGGAACCCACAACGACUUCUACGUAUUCCCGGACACUGUAUAUGAAACCCGCAAACCCCAGAUGAUGACCAUUCACAUCAACACAGUGGACAACGGUGUGCCCCAGAUCGUGGUGAACAAGGCCGCUGCUUCGCUCAAGCUUCUCGGGACCGGUCACGUUGGUUUCCUGAUCACCGGAAAAUUUCUGAGAUCUGAAGACCGCGACAGCAACCAGAGGGUUCUUAAGUACGUCAUCACGGAGGCUCCUCAUCACGGCUACAUCAUGAACACGGCGCUGGGCAAUGACAGCAUCCAGACCUUCACGCAGGCUGAUAUCGACGAGAUGAAGAUCUGUUACGUGCUGCAAGACACAAGCAACGCAACAAGUGACAUCUUCUUCUUCACCGUCCAAGAUCAAGGCGGAAAUAAACUGAAACCGCAGCCUUUCCGUCUCAACUGGGCCUGGAUCUCUCUGGAGAGGGAAUACUACUUAGUGGACGAAGAUGCGAAAUUUCUGGAGGUGACUCUGAAACGAAGAGGCUUUCUUGGGGAGACGUCAUUUGUCAGCAUUGCUACCGUGGAUGGCACCGCAGUGAAGGAUAAAGAUUUCCGAGGUAAAUCACAGAAACAGGUUCAGUUCAACCCAGGACAGACCACAGCAACAUGGAAGGUGAAGAUCUUUACGGACCAGGAGUUUGAGACGUCGGAAAAGUUCAACAUCCAACUCUCCGACCCUGUUAUGGCUGUGCUGGAAUUCCCCGACGUGGCCACAGUGGAGAUAGUGGACCCCGGCGAUGAGGCCACAGUGUACAUCCCUCAAGCGGAGUUCAAGAUCGAGGAGGACAUAGGGGAGCUGUUGAUCCCAGUGCGGCGGAGCGGAGAUGCGAGUCAGGAGCUAAUGGUGGUCUGCCACACACAACAAGGCACAGCCACGGGCACCGUCCCCAGCACCGUCCUGUCCUACUCUGACUACAUCACCCGCCCCGAGGACCACAACAGCGUGCUGCGAUUUGACAAGGACGAGAGGGAGAAGUUCUGCCGCGUCAUAAUCAUCGAUGACUCCCUGUAUGAGGAGGAGGAGAGCUUUAACGUCACCCUCAGUAUGCCCAUGGGCGGGCAGGUGGGCGCCAAAUACCCCAGUGCCAAAGUGACCAUCCUGGCGGACAGUGAUGAUGAGCCUUCGCUGUAUUUUGGAGAGCCUAAGUAUGUUGUGGAUGAGAGUUCUGGAUAUGUGGAGGUGAAGGUUUGGAGAACGGGCACUGAUCUGUCCAAGACGGCAACUGUCACGGUCCGCUCCAAGAAGAGUGAACCUGUUUCUGCUGAAGCUGGUCUGGAUUACGUUGGCAUCAGUCGUAACCUGGACUUCGCUCCGGGGGUGACCAUGCAGACCUUCAGGGUGACCAUCCUGGACGACCUGGGGCAGCCGGAGCUGGAGGGGCCGGAGACCUUUGACCUGGUGCUGUACAUGCCCAUGAACGCAGUGUUAGGAGAGCCCAGCAAGACCACCGUCACCAUCAACGACACUGUGACUGACUUGCCAAAGGUGCAGUUUAAAGAAGGAAGUUACAAAGUGGACGAGUCUGACGGGGAGGUCCGUGCUGUUGUGUACCGCAGUGGAGACAUCAGCCUCAAGUCCACCGUGCGCUGCUACACACGACAGGGAACAGCUCAGGUCAUGAUGGACUACACCGAGAGACCAAACACGGACGCUUCUAUCAUCACUUUUCUACCUGGGGAGAGCGAGAAGCCGUGUGUGGUGAAGCUGGAGGACGACUCGGUUCACGAGGAGAAUGAGGAGUUCCGGUUGGUUCUGGGUUCGGCCAAAAGCACGUCUCAGUACGGAGCGGCUCUGGGGGAGCAGAAGGAGACGCUGAUCUCUGUCACAGAUGAGAAAGACAAGUCGAUCAUUCGCUUCUCUGAAAUCAAAUACAGUGUCCGUGAGCCUCAGGUCAAAGGAACCAUCGCCGUCGUAAAGAUCCCCAUCCUGAGAAUCGGGGACACCUCAAAGGUCUCUGUGGUCCGGGUGCACACGAAGGACGGGUCUGCCACCUCUGGAGAAGACUACAACCCCCUGUCAGAGGACGUGGAGUUCAAGGAGGGCGAGAAGGAGCACUUUGUGGAGAUCGAGAUCCUGUUCGACGGAGAGAGAGAGAUGAGAGAAGCUUUCACCGUUCACAUGAAGCCGGAUGACAACAUGGUGGCCGAAGUGCAGAUGAACAAAGCCAUAGUUUACAUUGAGGAGAUGGACAGUGUGGCAGACGUGACGUUCCCCGCGGUUCCUCAGGUGGUUUCUCUUCUCAUGUACGACGACACGUCCAAGAUCAAGGACAGACCUUUCCCCCCCAACGGAUACCCUGUAGUUUGUGUUACGGCUUGCAAUCCAAAAUAUCACGACUUUGACAAAACCGGCUCCAUCUGCGCCGCCGAGAACAUCAACGACACCCUGACGCAGUACCGCUGGCUCGUCAGUGCACCCACGGGCUCAGACGGAGUGACCAGCCCCAUGAGGGAGGUGGACACCAACACCUUCUUCACCAACACCAAGUCCAUCACGCUGGACUCCAUCUACUUCCGCGCCGGCUCCAGGAUCCAGUGCGCCGCCAGGGCCUUCAACACCAACGGAGACGCAGGUCUGGAGCUGUCGAGUCCCAUCGUCGUCGUCAGUAAAGAAGAAGGCAUGUGUCAGCCUCGUAUUCCAGACACUGUGGGGGCAGAACCUUUCUCCGCUAAGAUCCGCUACACCGGCCCCGACGACCCAGACUUCCCCAAUCUCAUCAAACUCACCGUCAACAUGCCCCAUAUGGACGGCAUGCUCCCCGUCAUCUCCACCAGACCCCUGUCGAACUUUGAGCUGACCCUGAGCCCUGACGGGACUCGCGUGGGGAACCACCGCUGCUCCAACCUCCUCGACUUCAACGAGAUCCAGACCGGACACGGCUUCAUCACCGACGCCACCAAGAACCCGGAGAUCAUCGGAGAGACGUCCCCGUACCAGUACAGCCCCGCCAUGCGCUCCGCCAACUCCCUGCGCUUUUACAGGAACCUCAACCUGGAGGCCUGUCUGUGGGAGUUCACCAGCUACUACGACAUGUCCGAGCUGCUCAAUGACUGCGGAGGCUCCAUCGGGACGGACGGACAGGUGCUGAAUCUGGUCCAGUCCUAUGUGACGGUGCGCGUGCCCUUGUUCGUGUCGUAUGUGUUCCAUUCUCCGGUGGCGGUGGGCGGCUGGCAGCACUUUGACCUUCAGUCUGAGCUCAAACUCACGUUUGUCUAUGACACGGCCAUUCUGUGGCAGGACGGCAUCGGCAGCCCACCAGAGUCUGAACUCCAGGGCGCGAUGUACCCGACCAGCAUGAGGAUAAAUGAAGAGGGCCGCCUGGUGGUCAACUUUAAGACCGAGGCUCGUUUCAGAGGACAGUUUGUCAUGAUUCAUCCAGGCACCAGUGUUUCCUCUAUAGUGAUUUGUGCGGACCACCCUGGCCUCACCUUCUCCCUCAGCCUGGUCCGGACUGAGCCCACCUACAACCAGCCCAUGCAGCAGUGGAGUUUUGUCUCAGACUUUGCCGUGCGUGAUUAUUCUGGAACCUACACGGUGAAAUUGGUCCCCUGCAUCGCGUCGCCCAACGGGGAGUUCAGUAUCCCCCCAGUCUGUCACCCAAGGGAGCCUCUGACCUUUGACAUGGACAUUCGAUUCCAGCAGGUGUCAGAUCCAGUUGCCGCCGAGUUCAGCCUCAACACUCAAAUGUUCCUGUUAUCCAAGAAAGAGCUGUGGUUGUCUGACGGCUCCAUGGGCUUUGGAGAAGGAUCUGAUACUGCAUUUUCAGAAGGCUCUACGAUCUAUGGCCGUGUGAUGGUGGACCCGGUGCAGAACCUGGGCGAGUCCUUCUCCUGCAGCAUCGAAAAGGUGUUCCUGUGCACCGGGGCGGAUGGAUACGUGCCCAAGUACAACCCCACGAACAAAGAGUACGGCUGCCUGGCUGAUUCUCCGUCUCUGCUCUACAGAUUCAAGAUUCUGGACAAAGCUCAGCCGGAGACCCAGGCCACAGCGUUCGGUGAUGUUGCAUUCAGGGCGACUUUGGCCUAUGAUACUCCAGGAGCUCUGGCUCUGAUCAAACAGCCAGGGUCAGACGGGUUCACCCUCUCCUCCUCUCCACUCUUCCAGGUGGCUGCUGGCAGAGAAUGGUUCAUCCACACCAUCUACACCGUCCGCUCCAAAGAAAACGCCAACCGUAACAUCGGCAAACGCAGCGUGGAGUACCUGCAGCACAGCAUGUCCUCCUUCGCCCCGCCCUCUUCUCGCCACCGCCGCGCCGCCCCCGCGCUCCCCGGCCCCGCCCUCGACAUCGGCGUGGACAACAACCGCGGCACCAACAUCCAGCACAUCGCCCUGGACCGCUCGGACCGCCUGGUGAUCAGCCAGCGCCAGCCCUGGUCUCCUGGCAGGGAGCGCGAGGCUUACCAGGAGCGCCCCCUGCUGGAGAGCUCUGGCAGGGAGCCCACUGACUCCUCCAUGCUGCCCCUGCUGGUGGGACUGGCGGGUAUGAUCCUCCUGGCCUGCAUCAUCGCUGUGGUGGUGAUUCUCCUGGUGAGACGCAAGAAGAAAGAGAAGAAGCAGCCGCCCUACCACACGUCCUCGUCCUCCGCGUACCACGGCUACAGCCAGGGCACUGCCAGCAUGUGGGGCGGGUUAGACAGCUCGGAGGUCUAGUGCCAGUCACUUUGUAAAGACUCGUCUCCUCCAGCUCCUCCCGCCUUACUGACGUAGCACUGAGUCGAGCAGAUCACAUCCUGCAGACUGCACAGAAUGUUGGCGCUUCUUCAUGCCUCAAAUGUAGUUAUUUUUAUCAUAGGAGCCACUUGAAAUGUAGUUUAUAUUGAUUUGGUUGGUCAUCAGGUUGUAAAAAAUUGUUUGCAAAUGCAUGCAAGCCCAACUUAUGAGAAUUUUCUGUACCUCCGCUAAUUAGUUUACUAUUUUUAAUAUUGUGAUUCACUGUUAAUUGUUCUGUGAAGAGUAAAGAACAGACUGAAUGUUGGCUGAAACUGACUUUGAAUGAAAAUGUGUUUAGUACUGAUGCCACUGCGGGGUUUAAAAAGCCCACAGUGAAUGUACAGGCCCAGGCUUAGUAAUAAUAUUACCAUUAUGGUGUCACUGAAAGGGAUUGUAAAUGUUAUUUUUAAAAAUGCAAUUUUUUAUUUUUACAUUUUUUCUGCUAAUUAUGGGUGUAAUUGGAUGCAAAACAAUCUGUAUAUACAAUAGAAGUAAACCCUGGUGAAACUUGAAAGAACCACUCCUCAAACGGUGCAGUAUCAAAUUUAUAAUUCUAUAUUCAUAUGACCGUAUAUAUUAUGUGUUUUAUCAUCAGCUGUCUGUGCGUCAGCUGAAAUCUGGAUGAUUCUUCCGCUG